AUGGGAAUGAAACACUCUUCUCGUUGUCUACUCCUUCGGAGAAAAAUGGCGGAGUCCGACAACACUGAGAUGCCUCAGCUGUAUCAGCAGCCCCUGAGCGCCGCCCCCUCCCAGUCUCAGCCGUCCCCGCUGCCCAAGCCGGUCACCUCCUCCAUCUCCUCGGUGCACCACCUACCCCGGCCGGCCCACACGCCGCACUCCACCUCCCUGCCCAGCUGCCCCGGCCGCGGGAAGAUGGCCAAGUUCCUGGACCCGGAGGACAUGACCUCGCGGGACUACUACUUUGACUCCUACGCCCACUUUGGCAUACACGAGGAGAUGCUGAAGGAUGAGGUUCGGACGCUGACCUACCGGAACUCCAUGUACCACAACAAGCACGUCUUCAAGGACAAGAUCGUGCUGGACGUGGGUAGCGGAACUGGCAUCCUGUCCAUGUUCGCUGCCAAGGCCGGUGCCAGGCACGUGUACGGGAUUGAAUGCUCCAGCAUAUCAGAAUACUCAGAGAAGAUCAUCAAGGCCAACCAUCUGGAUAGUGUGAUCACCAUCUUCAAGGGCAAGGUGGAGGAGACGGAGCUGCCGGUGGAGCAUGUGGACAUCAUCAUCUCUGAGUGGAUGGGCUACUGCCUCUUCUACGAGUCCAUGCUCAACACAGUCAUCUUCGCCAGGGACAAGUGGCUGAAACCAGGUGGCCUAAUGUUUCCAGACAGAGCAGCCCUGUAUGUGGUGGCUAUUGAAGACAGGCAGUACAAAGACUUCAAAAUACACUCUCCUGAUUCUCCGUACACACACUGGAAGCAGACUGUGUUUUACCUGGAGGAAUACCUGACGGUGAAGAGAGGAGAGGAGAUCAAGGGAACCAUCGCCAUGAAGCCAAACGACAAGAAUGUGCGUGACCUGGACUUCUCCUUCGAGAUGGACUUCAAGGGCCAGCUGAGUGAGGCAGCCAUCGCCCACGACUACAAGAUGCGCUAA